AUGUUCACUCCUCGCAUCAUUAUCACAGGUGCCGGACCUGGCGGUCUCGCCCUCGCCCGACUCUUGCACCUGCGCAAUAUCCCCACUACCCUUCUUGACCUCCGCUCUCGGCCCACUAUCUCCGAGCUCGAACGCCCGUCCGGUAUGCUGGACCUGCAUGAAGAUACUGGACUGGCGACCAUACAGGCCUGCGGCCUAGAAAGGGGGUUCAAAGAGGCACUCGGAGACUGCUCAGAGGCUGUACGGAUCCGGACACCCUCGGGGAAGCUGCUGUUUUCGGAUGAAGGGGAGGGAGCCAAUCGGCCGGAGAUACCGAGAGCGUCACUCGUGGAUCUACUGGUACGCUCUAUUCCGGAUAGGGCGGUACGAUGGGGGACCAAGGUAUCGGGGUUGCGCACAGAGCAGACCGGGCCGGACGGGACCGAGGCGGUCGUCUCCCUAGCAGACGGCGGGGAAAUGAGGGCAGACCUCGUCAUUGGCGCAGAUGGCGCCUGGUCGAAGACUCGGAGGCUCCUCACAUCUUCCACACCUAUCUACACCGGUAUCCAGUACAUCACAGCCACUGCUCGGCAUAUCACCAGAUCACACCCUCAUCUCCUUGAAAUCAUCGGUUCGGGAUCGUCCUUUGCCCUCGGCUCCGGACACGGCAUCAUGACUCACCGGGGACCGCAGGAUUCUAUGCGGGUCUACAUCGCUAUCAAGACUCCCGAGGAGCACUGGGCGGAGAAGGUGGGUCUGAGGGGAGCGUCAGCGAGGACGGCAGGGGAGGCGGUACUGUCAGAUCCGGACCUGUUUAGGGAUUGGGCGCCCGAGCUGCGUGAGGUCAUCCAGGUGGCGUGCGAGGCGGACACGAAGGACGGGUAUAACUCGGCAUUGGAUAUCAAGCCGAUCUAUACCCUUCCACAUAAGGAGCUAUGGCCGGCUCAGGCGGGAGUGACGGUACUCGGAGACGCCGCACAUCUUAUGGCUCCGAACGGGGAGGGAGUCAAUACCGCCCUGGCCGACGCUCUCGACCUCUCUCGUCUCCUUGGCGAUCCCUUCGAGGCCGAGACGGCGGCGGAGUGGCAGGCGGCGGUCGCGCCGAAGUUACGCGAGUAUGAGAAGCUCAUGCACGAGCGCGCGGCGAGGAGCUUUGCGGAUACGGAAGAGCUGCUGGGGAUCAUGCAUGGGGAGAAUGGGGCGGAGGCGAUGACAGCCAUGUUCGAGGGCUUCGGGAUGGGCAGCGGAGAGGCACAAGCGGCGGUGGAGAUGAGCAAGUGA